AUGUUUGACGUGGGACACAGCCGCUAGACGCAUCAGCGCUACUCCGGUCGAUUGUCAGAUCCGCGAAGGUCGGCUGCUCGAGCUCCGCCAAGAUGGAGAAGAAAGAGUUCUUGUGUACAAGAAUUGGCAGCUGUAACACCUUCGCACCGCCGCCUCGUCGCAAGCCUCGCUAUGCUACAGACACAUCCUCAGUCGCAGCAGAUAGGCCACCCUGUGUCUGUCUUCACUGCAAUCGUCAGACAAGAGUCACAACGAGCCGAAAGGCGGCGAAAUGUCCUAUCAACCGAGCAAGUCGACGCGAGCGCCUGAGCGAAGUGACCGGAGCCAAGCAAGAGAAGCUGAUGCUUCGCUCCGCAGGCAGAGCGCUCGGCGCGCCCGAACAUCCCAAAUCGGGACACCUCCCCCGCUCUCCUAGGACCGCUGGUCCCUCGUGCGGUUCAAACACGCACUGUAACUGUGUAACAUCAUGGCUACUCGGCAGGAAGAAAUGUACAGAGUCACAUCUGUGAAAGCCAAGGGUAUCGCAGAGCCUUCUAUGGGGCAGUGCGAGACAAUAUGGUGGAGCAUCGAAUGGAAGGAACGGUGAGGGACCUCGUGUAUCUAUACCAAGCAGUGUCGACCUUUUGUCCACAGAGCUUCUCGGUCCAAGGGCACUCGAACUCUGCGGACUGCGUGUGGAAGACAGUUAUUAGUGGUUGAGCGGAAUCGCCGCAGCACCCAU